CCAUGGCAACCGCGGCCAGCAGCCAACAGGGCGGGCGCGCGCCUCGGUGACGCACCACGAAGCCGCCUGACCGGACGAGGGAGGGCGCGCGCACGACGUCUGACGUCAUCAGGAAGGGUCGGGCGGCGCGCGCGCAGCCUGAAAGCGGGUAGUCCUUUGCCUUGGGGGUCCCUGUGUAGAAACCAAGAGACGCAGAAUAUGCAGCAUCCUUUUGCCCUGCUGGUGUUGCUGCACAUACAGGUUUGCCUGCUGUUGAAGGACUGCGAGUGGAAAGUUGUGCUCAACGAUUUUGACAAUCUAGGUGGGGACCAAGCUGUGUUUUUUAGGCAGCGCCCAGUCACUAGCAUAGCGUCUGUGUUCCAGAAUCUGACAGACUCGGCCAUAGACCUGAAUGAUAAAAAUUCGCACUACCUGGGCUUCCCGUACUACUUGAAAAUCAAUCUAACCUGCAUCACUCAGGACGCGGCGAAGGUCAUUCGCAAUGCUCACCUGACCGGGCUGAGGCCCAUUGUGACCAUAACGUUUGAAGCGCCCGUCAACACAGAGCAUCAGAAACCCGAGCAGCUGCAGAUUGAGAUGAAAGGCGCCCCUUACCGGCUCAAGGGGCCUUGUGCCAGCGAAGAGGUUUGCCGGAUGUGCUGGUACACGCCCAUGCCAAUGACGAAGAGGAGCGUGGUGAUGGAGGUCCUGGUGGAGAGCAAUGGCCUGGGCUUUGAGGUGGACAGCAAGAGAUUUUUUAUGAAUAUUAACGGCUACAUGAAGGAAACUGAGACCGGUUUACAGUCUUCCCUGGGAGAGAAGGUUACAUCACUGGUGGAGACGAUGUCAUUUUACAGCUCGUCCCGUCCCAUUUGGUCCACCUUCAAUCAAGCCCCCGUGCUGAUCCUCGGGGGAUUCCAGGCUUACAAAAUCAUCCUGGUUUCAGACUCGGAGUUUGCGGAUUUCACUGCAGUGGAGGUGGGGAUCGACAGCUGCUGGAUCGGGUCCCGGAACUGCGCCCCGAACGUAUUCUCCUCCUCUGUUGUCGAUGCCAUUGCUACAGAAAGCGUGCUCUUCCUCCGUCAGAACCAGCUCGUCUAUUACUUCACUGGGAACUAUUCCGUCCUUUCUCCUCGUGCGCCGGGAUCCAGCCUCUGGACCCGUGUGCUGAACAACAUCUGCGUGUCACAGUUAAACCCUGUGCACUUCCCCCACAACGGCUCCGAGUAUGUGAUUGCUCUCGGAGGGGGCCUGCAAGAAGGGAAAUUCUUCCUUGGCACUAUUCGCGAUGGAGUCGUUCAGUUUCGCGAAUCACACGGCAGGGGGAGGAAGACAGUGUGCGAACAUUUGAAGAUUUCUUGCACGAUCCUCUGGGCUGUCUACAUCACGGAAGAGGAGAUGAUUGUGCUGCUGGUGAAAGGGAAGAAAAAGAACAGCGAGUCCGAUUACUACCUCAUGGCCUACGAUCAAGUCGGUGCAACUUUCUGGAUGUUGUACUCCAUACCUCGCUUCAUACCCAAAGACACUGACAAAGGGUUUGUGAUGUUGCUGGGACUGGAAGAAUACACGGAUUCCCCGCUGAUCCCAAGGGGGCUGUCCUAUAACCCAUUCAGCACAAUCUUCUACAUCUGGGGCAAUGUUAUUUUACAAAGCUACGACCUGGUUAAUUACAUUCACCUCUCCGGCUUCCCCCAACAAUCCCCCAUCAGCUACUUCGUUCUGUCGUAUGUAGGGGAAUUCGUGUGUGUGACAGACUCGGAGGAGAUCUGGUUUUCGGUGGAAGGCAGCUCAGUCGUCAUUCGGCUCUACCCCUCCGAGGCCUGGGACACGUACCUCAGGCUACAGCUAAUGAGAGGGUCAAAGGACUUUAGCUUCAACGAGACGUUCGUGAGCCUCUUUUUUAACAAGGAGGGGCUGCAGCAGUUGGUUUACAUACUGGAUGAACAGGGAGAGGGAAAACUGAUCAAGAGGAACUUCCCUCUCCAUUAUAUAUUGUCGUACCGGCACCUCAUCGUCCAUCAGUACCAUUUGAUGUAUUUACAAGAUGCUGAGUACAUCAGGUUCUUCCAUCCCUGCUCCUUCUCGGUCAUGCGCCUCGAGGACCUCCCAGCCCCUCAGCGCUUCACCCGGAUGGAGCACUAUUCCACCGAGCCACCGGAUGUCAUGGACAAAACAGGCUUCCACAACAACGUGUCUCUGGCUGUAUACCAGGGACUGAUCUUCCAGCUGCUCUGGCUGCACGCGGACUAUAGCAGGCCUUAUGCUGACCCGGUCCAUGACCCAACUUGGCGGUGGUGGAAAAACAGAAAGCAAUAUGCAGAGUAUUUCUUUUACGUAGCGAGCAAUGGCAACUCCUCCGGAGGUGUCUACGUCAACAUGGAGAGCUACGUGAAGAUCUAUGACCUGCAGCCCAAUAACCAGCUGCCCAGCAAGAUUUACCUGGACAAGAAUAACAUCUAUUCUUUCUCAGUGUUCCUGAGCAUCAGGACGGCGGCAGAAAGCAUGGGGGAAAUGCCGGAAGAGAACUCCCUUGAUUUUGUGUGGCUCACCGUCGUCUUAGCGCAUCCGAAGUUUGUGGUUUCAGACCUCCACCGGCACUAUCUGAUCGGCCGGGGCUCCGUGCUGUAUACGGUGACCAUCAGUGACACCGGACGGUACCCGAAACAAGAGCUGAGUGGGACGAACCUUCUGAAGAGUUCAAUGGCUUUAAAGGUUAUAAAUGCGGCAACAAAUUGUUACCACUACACAGCGGCCGGCCCAAAACUCCAGGGCUAUGCCAUGGUGCCAAUCUUUAUUGGCUGCCCCCCGGGCAAGAGGCUGGCCUUUGACAUCACCAAGACCCUGAAGUACACCACCAAACAGAACAAGCGGUACUUCGACUGCAUCCACAAGAACCCAGAGAUGCCCUGUUUCUUCUUUAACGAUGUAUUGUAUCCCUUCUUCUUGAUCCAAGACAUGGUGACGGGGGACUCGGGACCUUUCCUGGGCAGCUACACGCUGAGGAUCAUUGGCGGAGGGCCGUACUCGGAGAGCCGGAUCCGCAUCUACAGCCCGAGCGAAAUCCUCGACUAUAACACGGCAAACGGCAGCACACCGCAGAGUCUGAUCUGGAUGAGGGCUAAUCGCACAAAACCUGCCCUUACCGAUCCCGAAGGCUUCAAUAUCUUCUCCGGAACCGACUGUGGGAUCAAGUGGGUCUGUGAGCAGAACUCCCCCUGUUACGAUGUGGUUCCCUUAGACCUGACAGCUCCGGAUUACUUCUUUUUGGUGGAGGUGUCUAACAGGGCCGUGGACAAAAGCACCUACUGCGACUACGACCUGGAGUUUGUGAUCCACAUUCACGGCCUGCGGCUCAGCCCCUCCCGGGCAAUCAUCUUCAUGAAGAUGUCCAUGGCCGUUCUCACCGGCAUUGUCGUCUUGUACAUCCUCCACCAAGUCCUGGGGCCCAUGAUCUGGGCCGGCUUCACCCGACUGAUCCAAAGAUUUGAAGAGGCCUUAGCUAUUCGGACAGGUGAGCUAUUGCUCCCCCCCAGUUACCAUCUUAGGAGAACUCAGCCAACCUAG